GAACUGUUCAGACAGUAUCUCUCACAGUUCACAGAGCAAGCCUGUUUUAUUCAGUCAGCUUUAAAUGUUCAUUUAAUAAAUGUCUUAACUGGCAUUGCAGUGUUAUAUGGACUCUGUAUGUGAACAUGGGAUUAAUGCUAUAGAUGUGAUGUGUGGAAAUGAUGAUGGAAGAAAGGAUACAGCAGUACAGUCAGAAGCACUUCUAGGAUCAUUUCUGUCUUUCUUUUACAUGUCAAUAAGAUGCAAAAGUGGAAGAUUACAGACAAUUAGUUGGUAAUUGUUCCAUAACAUGAACUAACUUGGGUAACAGAUGUGCAGAGAAUGCAGAACUCAAUACUUUGGACUUCAUUUUGCCAGUCAUGGCUAAUUGUAUAUCAUUUGUGUCUGAAAUACAAGCACAUGUUAAGCUUUUAGGAUUCAUUUCACCUUUAUAUGCCCACUUAUACAGCUUCCAUGCUUGCUCUGAAGCCUGUCUCAUGGUAGUUUAGACAGUUACACAGUUUGUUUCCGGUCCAUUGAUGUUUCCUGACGUGUCAUGGAUCCACAUCAGUGAAAUUAAACUGACAUGAUGACAUAGAGCUACAGCUGGUGUGAAACGACCAAAUGGGAAUGAAUUAGAUGAAGGUAGGAGAGACUCUUUAAACCAGCAACAAAAAGAGCAAGAAAAUCUCCCUAAGGCCGUCUCCAUGGAGACCAGUCUGCUUUCAGAAAUAGCUGAUGUGAAUGAAUAUAAAAUGGAUGUUGGGGAAAAAGAAGAGGACAAACACCAGCACGGUGUAGAUGAUAAAGAAUGUUUUGAUGAGCAUUUGUCUGAAUGCCUGGAUACUGAAAAGGGCAACUCCCCACUCACAACUCAGCACAAAAGCAAUGACACAGCCAGUGAAUGUGAGGGUACAGAGGAAAGUGACAGAAAGGAAAACCAAAAAGAGGACAUGAUGAUAAAAGAGACAGAGGAAGAGGAGGGAAAUCUCAAAGAAUCUGUGUUAUCUCUAGAACCUGACCCAGAUCUCCAAGCACAAGGCCAGCUGAUGGAGAAAGAAAACAACACCACAUUCUCCUCUGAAACAAAAGAGCCUGAACCCCAAGAACCACAGGAAACUCAGAAAAUUGACCCAGAAUCUGUGCUUGAACAACAAAUCAAGGAGCUGGCUGUUUCCGAAGCUUCUACCGAAUCCUGUCAUGAUAAUGAUAUAGAUAACCUGAGUGACUGCCUGCAUGUGGAGAUGGCUAUUGUGUCAUCAGACAGUGAUGCUGAGGAGCAGUGGAAGACCAUGUUUUCUCCUGUGGUCGAUGAAGAUGAGUUCGGGGGCAUUUUGGAAUCCGAUGCCCUUGAAGUCAAUGAAGAAACAAAUGACCAAAACCAAGGAAUGGAAGAUGAAAUUAACAUCCGGUCUGAGACUAAACCUGAACCUGAUGAAGAUGAAGAUCCAACAGUGUUGACAGAAAGUGUUGACACUCUUGAGCAACCAGAAAGUUCCACUGAAUGUGAACUUGAGGACAUUUCCUGUAAGGAUUCCAUACACUACAGCAGUUUAUCCAAGAUCUCAGAGAACGAAGUGGAUCCGGGACAAAAUGUAAAGCACGGCCUGCAGCGUUUGUCAGCCUCGACAUCCGAGCUUGACAAGAAGUUGCCGCAAGACUACUGUGUGAUUCAGGAGAUGCAGAGUGAGAAUGUCAGUACAGAGCAUGUGGAUUUCAGGCUGGCUCGUGAACAGUGGCAGAAAAUGGAGGAACAAUGCAAGGCCCAGGUACAGCAAACUACCAUAAAGCAGAGUGGAAAUAGCAUCACGUAUACCCCCAUGCGCUCCUCGGAGCGACCCAAGAAAGAUCCGGAUUCUGACAAUUUAAAUCUUGGUGACUAUCAGUACACGCAGUUUAGCCCGUGUUCAGAUGACUCGGGUCUGGAUGAUACCAGCUACCGAUCGCAUUAUGAUGAACCAGAGACUCCAGUUGAAAGGGAAAUCCGUGAGACUAUGGAGCGAGAGGAAUGUUUCAAACGAGAGAGGGCCAUGUCAAGGCCAGCUUCCAGUGAACCUGUGCAGAAUAAUCCCAGACCAACGACUCUGAUGAUGACUAAGUCAGAUCCAGAGGAGAAAAAGAAGAUGUAUAACACACGUGAAGACAGGUGCAGGACACAGAGACCUUCUAGCACCACACCACCCACCUUGUCUAUUACUGCUUCACCAUCAUCAAAGCCCAGCUAUCAUGAAAUGGUAGCCAACAAUGUCAUAAUCCUCGAUCCGGAUGUGCAUUCCCCAAACCAGCGGCAAAGAGGCAAAAAUCUGCUUUCUCCAGUGACAAACAAGUUCCACGAGUGGCCACAACAUUCAAGCAACAUCAUCAUCCUGGAAACAUCUAAUCUCAUUAUCCGGAGUGCUUCCGAAUUCUGCCUGAGCACCGCAUGCCAGGAGACCCAAGAGAGCACGUUCCACAACAACCCCUUCUUCAAACUGCGAUCACACAGCACGCUAUCUCUGGUGGACCAGGAGAUAAAAGAGGUGAAGCAGAGAGAUGAAGAGUUCAGGAGGCAGAGGGCACAGUUGUACACAAAAGAGAAGUAUGACACGAUUCUGGUGUCUCCCAGCUCACUGCAAAAUUUCUCCUACGAUAAGCCAGGUUUGCCAGCGAAAUGUAAGUCCUCCCCUUCCUCCCCUUUAAAGGCACGCAAAAUGGACCGUUCCACUUUAUCCUGUGAUCAGAAGUUCCCCGAAGCACCGUAUACCAGAGUCCGAAGGAAAAGUGCCCUCAUUCAGAGAUGGGAAGCAGCGAUGUUGGCCAAUCAGCAACAGCAUGUAUGAACAACAAUACACUGCCAAUCAAGAGUUUUUCAAACACCCCAUAUUCAAUCAAUCUACAGUACUUACAUGUUUUUUGUUUUUUUCAUGAGUUAAAGAUUUUAAAACGAGAUAUAUGUGAUCGUUCUAAUUAGACACAUGAGAACCAUUUAAUUCACAUUUGACAAUAGCUGCAUUUUAGUCAUUUAUCUGUUCAACUCAGUUCUCCUCCAAACAAUAAUAAAGUAAUAAUAAGGCGUUUGUGAGGAGCACCUAUUUAAGAUUUUCUUCAUUUAAACAGAUUAUACAUGUGCUAUUUGAAAUGUAUUUGAACUGAUGCAGUGAAAUUGAUUUACUGUUUAAAUAUAUCUAAGAUAUUUUCCUACUCUAUUUUCUCCUUGCUAGAUGUGUAAAUAUAGCAUGAAAAACAAUGUAUAGCAUUAUUUAUGAGCCGCUUUACGCUGAAAUGGCCAUAUAGAAAAGAAAGGGACACUAAUGACAAAAUAACUAAUGAUUUUUAUGGGUCCAAUUUUAGCUCUUCCUUUAAUAAGAAGUUAGAAUUUUUUAAGGAAUACGCAAAGUGAAUCUGUAGGAGUUUGUUUUGCAUAUAGUCUUGUUAUAUGCACAAUUCUUUCACAUUUUAAAGCUAAAGCGGUAUUUCAUUCUAACAGAACAUAGAAGUACAAACAAGCACAUGAACAUAUUAGAUGGAAGAAACCACAGGCUAUCUGACAGACUCUCAAUGCAAGCUCUGUAGUGACUUUAAGCAUUGUUUUUUUUUUUUCAACUUUGUCUCAAUGUUUAUUAGUUAGUAUGAAUAAUUGCAUCUUUGCACUGUUUUGCUUCGUGAAUAUUUUGCACACCGAUGCUCUCAGCAGUCAUUCUUGCCUGAUAAAUAAUACAUAAAUUAUUCUUGUGAACAAAUGCACAGCAUAUAAUAUAUGAAUAUAGUCAUUACUGGUUGUUUAGCUUGUUGCAUUACUGCAUUGCUUUAUUAUUUAUAACACCCUAUGUUUUAUGUUUUUAACU